AUGGGUCGAUGGGGUUACCGCCUCUUCGAGGAAGACGUGGACCUCGAUCUUGCCUGCAGUCUCUUAGAAGAUCUGGGUUUUAAAACUAAAAAAUGGACCUACAGACCCGCACAAACCGUAAACCAAACCGACAUGAUGGCCCCUCCAGAAUGUCACGCCCUCUACAGCACCAAAGAGUAUGCCCAGAAGCUACGGGAUGAGAUCAUCCCCUAUGUACGCGCAAAGCUGGACGCGAAUAAUUUGGGUGAGCGCCUCAUUGCCAAGAGCAAGACACAAGAGGGCAAGCUGGAUUGGGAAAGAUAUACCUCCGGAGAAUAUAAAACAAUUAUUCUCGGGGCUCUCCUCAUGCGGGUUGGGGCCAAAAUCAAGGAUGAGGAUCUCCAGCAUCUCCGCGAUCUGGUUCCCCAGGUUCCCUGUGCUCCUGGAACGAUCUGGAGUUUGGAGGAUGUUGGGUUUCGCAGUCCGGGGAAGGCUCAGUUCCUGGCGGCGUUGGAUGCCUAUGAGCAGGGCAAGCCGCGUGACUUCCAGGAGCUAAGCUGCUUCCAAUGUGGUAAGAUCGAAUCUGAAAUUGGCAGCAAGCCACUCCAAUGCAACAGGUGCAAGCGUGGUUGGUAUUGCAACAAGGACUGCCAGAAAAAACACUGGAAGGCCCACAAGCCUGUUUGCAUCCCUCCCGAGCAGCGCCGGUCGUUGAAUGUGUGA